AUGAAAUCUCCAUUGAAAGCUCAGAAAUUGCCCGUGUUCACUGAAGACGAGAACAUGUUUGCGAGCUUCAUUUUAAAUACAAUGGUGGUAAAGAAUCACACUAAAUGUUGUCCACUCGUAGGCUGUUUGAAAAAAAAAUCCAAUAUAGAUAGUUUUUCCAUCCGGUUGAAAGAACGUCGCAAAAGCGAGUCUGUCACUGUAGUAAGGUCAGACGAUAAACUGAAACGCAGAAAGCUGACAACAGAUAUUGAUGUCUUCACUUCAGGUCAGGGCAGCCAAAAAAACCAAUUCAAACUCAACACCGACCGACAAGCUUCUCAUACGGCAAACGCAUUGGAUCGUGAACCCGUGGCAAUACAUAUAUCGCAAGAUUUCAUGGCCAAUCUGCACACUAUUUAUGGUAUAUUCCAUGUCAACGAUGUCCAUAAAACACAGAUCAAAGUUCUUUGGAGCUUUGUGCUCAAGAAGGUUAAUGAGCCUCUAUUGCUGCGAAGCAAAGAAGGGCAUCACAGAUUUUGCUUUGGAUUUUAUUUGUUAUAUGAUGUUUUUGAGAGUUUUGUAUUUUCUAAAGGGAGAGACGGCGAGAACCUAAGAAAGCACAUCCCGUAG